GAUCGUGAUUGGUUGACCAUAUUAUAUAAGUGCUCUCUGUUCGAAUUUAUUGAAAUAAAGUGAUAUGAGCUACUGAGUGGUCUGUGACAAAACGUGUUGUGUGGGUGAUUUAAGUAUGUCUUCCCGUUGAUAAAAAAAAACGCCUUGAACAGGAUAGGAGGUAAAUAAUAUACCGCGGUAUGUAUUACGAACUGAAGCUGGUAGCUAUCUACUGGUUUUUAGUUUUAAUAUAUACAACAUACGCGAUAGACAAUCCAAAGAUGUCGAGAAAGAGAGCCUUGUGCGGAUCAAGGCUCACGAGGAUGUUAAAUAGGUUUUGUUUGGAAUAUCCUUCACCAUCACCAGAAUCUCUUUAUCGAAACAAGAGGCAAAUUGUUAAAGAAUGCUGUCAACAAAAAUGUUCGUUGGAUUAUUUGCUUGAAAAUUAUUGCGAAACAGUCAACAGUGCCGCAUUAGAAAUAUAUAAGAAUACUGAGGUCGAUUCCAGCGAAAGGUACACUAUGCCAAGAUCAUCAGCUGAAAAUAUUAGGUCCCGAAAUUCUAGACAAAAACAAGCUUUAGCUUUAGACAAUGCUCCAUCUGAACUAUCAACUCAUGGCAGGUAUCAACACCAUCGAAAGAAAAGAAACUGUAAAUGUAAACAACUACUUAAAAAUGAGGAAAAACACAAGAAGGAAAUUAGACUCCUAAAUUUAUUAAAACAACGACAAUAUCCAGUUCCAGAUUCAAAGGUAGAACAAGCUGAUUUCCAACAACCAUUCAUUGUUAAUUUUCCUUAAUUGAAAAUGAUGUGAUAUAUUUUUAAUAAGUCAAAGUAUUUCAAAAUAAGACAAAAACUUAACAAGUAAAUUUAAAAGUUAUUAAAAAAUACACACAUAAAGUCAUUAAAAAUGUUAAAAACGA